GCAUCCGAAGAGCCUGGACUUCCUCCCCUUCCUGCUUUGUGCCGCACCACCAGUACCUUUGCGUAUGUGGGUUCGCAGCAACCGUACCUGGUUUUGCUUCUGCCUUAGUGGAUGUGGAGCAUCAGAGAGUUUGGAAACCAGUGUUAUUGUCAAAAUGGAAGCUUGAAUCUGCUACAGUGUGACAGGUUGUGCUUCGUCGAAUCUAAGUCACUAGUUCAACGAUCAGUGGGAGCCAAAGGUUAAGCUGUAUUCACUGCUUCUUCAAAGACUGGAUGGAAUCCUUAGAGCUCCGAAACCCCACGACUAUUUCGUAUUUACUAUCCUCUAUGAUGGUCCAGCUUCAUCCAAACUUGUCACCUCUAUCAACAGCUUUCUGAAGUCUUAGUUUCUAAGCUAUUCAACCUGGAUUGAUUUCAGUAUGCAGAUUAACAACGGUUUCUUGCACUUGGUGUCUACCCUCCUAGGUUUACUUCAUUUAGCAACUUUUGCCACAGCUGAAUUGAAAACUAUUGAAUUUAGUUUUCCUAAUUUUAAGAGUCCGGAGAAUGAUGGUACAAUCAACAUUCCGAAUGCAACAGAUGUGCCUAGUGGUAGGAACGUCCUCUUCCUUCCCAAGGAAAAGAACGCCUUGAGUGUUGGGUGGGUUAUUUAUGAAGAGAAAGUUCAAUUCUGGGACAACUCCGAUGACGCUGCUUCUUUUAGUACAGAGUUUACCUUCAGUACUUCAGGUUACAAUGCGUCAACCGGAGGUAGCGGACUUGCAUUCUUGAUAACUCCAGAUUUUUCCAUCGGUGACAUUCGUGGAUACCUUGGGAUAUUUUCAUCGACAACCAACGCCUCCACAAACAAUCAAAAGAUUGCAGUGGAGAUUGAUGUUUUCAAGAACCCAUGGGAUCCAAGCGCCAGCCACAUUGGCUUAGACGUAAACUCCAUCGAAUCCGUGAAGGUAAAAGACUAUUGUCCGGUGAUGGAUAACCGUUGCACUUACUUUACCAACAAAGGGGACAUCAAUGUUUGGAUUGACUACAUGGCUGAAAGUGAGACUCUUGAAGUGCGCUUAGCAAUGGGUUCAAGCAGUGUGAAGCCAACCCAGCCGGAUCUACAAUUCAUUGGAUUGAACUUGCCAAGGACUAUCCGAAACUUUAUGUAUGUGGGGUUUUCAGCAGCCACUGGAAGUGACUUUUAUCCUGCACACACAUUUCGAUUACGUCGAUGGAGCUUUAAAACUACGGCUCCGUCCAACGGAAAAAAGAACAUUUUACUUAUCGCCGUGCUCAGUGCUGCUGCAGGUCUCAUUUUCAUAAUUAUUGUAGUUCUCUUGUGUAUUUGCAGAGCAAGAUUGAGAUGUUGCUGUUGUGCUCCUGCUCCUGCUCCAUGCCUUGACGAUCCUUUCCCGCAAAUUGCACAACUUGCAAGUGGACCUCGAAUAUUCACGUACAGAGAACUAAGUGAUGCAACAAAGGGGUUCAGUGAGAAUGAGUUGCUAGGGCAGGGGGGAUUUGGCAAGGUCUUUCGUGGAGUGCUGAGGAGUGGAACCAUGAUAGCCGUGAAAAAAAUUUCAGAAGGCUCAGAUCAAGGCGAACAGCAGUUUGUAGCGGAAGUGUCGAUUAUUAGCAAUAUCCGGCAUCGCAGCGUGGUCCAGUUACAAGGCUGGUGCCACGAACAAGGUCAGCUCAUACUUGUUUACGAUUACAUGCCGAACGGUGGCCUGGAUCAGCACCUCUACGCAAGUAAUUGUCCCCUCAAUUGGACCAUGCGUUACAAUGUCAUCGUAGAUCUUGCAUCUGCUCUCGCCUAUCUGCACGAAGAGCUGGAGCAAUGCGUGAUCCACCGUGACAUUAAAGCAAGCAAUGUGAUGCUUGACAGGGACUUCAAAGGGCGAUUGGGUGACUUUGGACUUGCAAAAUCAUCAGCUCGCGAUAUGGUGGCUGCAACUACCAAGCUGGCUGGAACCAUGGUAUACAUGGCACCUGAACUUCCUAUCACGUUUAAACCCACCACGGAGAGUGACGUAUACAGUUUUGGAAUACUGGCACUGGAGGUUAUAUGCCGAAGGCGGCCUUUCGACGGGACUGUUAUACUGUUAGACUGGGUGUGGGAGAAGCAUGAGCAAGGAGAGCUUCUACAGGUUGUAGACCCUGGUUUGAACCAAGCUUUCGAUCGUACUCAAGCUCAGGUUGCAUUGUCCGUUGCGCUGAUGUGUGCCAAUCCCAAUCCUAAUGAACGUCUUCGGAUGCAGAUGGCCCGUCAAAUGUUGAUAGGAGAAGUGUCGGUGCCUCCUCUCCCUGCUAACAGACCAUUCAUGCUGUAUUCAAAUGUGAAUUCCGAACAAGGAUCGUGUAACAACUCAGGAUUUCAUUCUGACGCUUGGAAUACAGCCGCAAUAGAAAAUGGAAGAGUGACAAUUAUACAGAGACCCGAGAUGAAUCCGAGAUAAUGGCAGAAUGUAGCAACAAGUGGCAGGGUAUACCUUACAUGUGUUAGGAACGGCAAGAUUACUUUGAGCUGUGUACUGUAGUCGAGUUAUGCAUUCAUCCUUUCAGCGAUUAAUUAGUUUUCUUCACACAUCAAUGAUUUACAUGAAGAUCCAUCUCUUCUCUCAUCUUUAGCA